AUUAAAUAAAAUCGCAAACGCCUUAAAUGGGAAGAGCCAGAUAAGAGCGCCUCAGCGCCAGAACAACCAAAUUUGAAAACCAAUUCAAACCUAACGGCUAUUCCCUCUCUUUAAACCUUACAUUUUGUUUUCAAUAAAGUUAAAUCAAAAUCUCCAUCACUCGAAAUUUCAACUACGAAAUUCGAAUUCGAAAAACAGAAGAAAUUUCGGCGAGCAAAAAAAAAAAAGUUAUUCUACAAUGGGACAAAAUCGAGGUCGAAAGGCACGAGUGAUAGCGAAAAUCAAAGGCUUCACAGAUCUGGAAACGGAAUCCGUCAACGAAGCUUCUGGAAAGUGGAUUUCAGUUCACAGACCAAAGGAAGAUGAUUCCGAAACUGUCGCUGUUUCUUUUGGAGAUGAAUCUACGAGCAGUCGUAAAGAAUCGUACGAAUUAGAUUAUUGCUACGAUCGAAGCGAGGGAAAUGAUUUAAUUUUUUCAAAGGAGGUAAAGCCACUUAUUGAAGAUGUUUUUAAUGGUUAUAAUGCCACCGUCGUUGCUUAUGGAGCAAGAGGCAGCGGAAAGACUUUUACAAUUCAGGGUUCGGAAGGGAAACCAGGUUUAGCAGUACUAGCUAUGGCUGAAAUCCUUUCUAUAGCAGAGGAAAGUAGCAAGUUAAUAGCCGUAUCAUGCUAUGAGAUUUUGAAAGACCAUGCUUAUGAUCAUUUAGCUCCAGAUAGGCAUGAAGUUUUGAUAUUGGAGGAUGUUGCUCGCGGCAAAAUUCAACUUAAAGGACUUUCUCAGGUUCCUGUGAAAUCUAUUGAAGAAUUUCAGAAACUAUAUCUUUCGAAUCAAAAUUCACAUAAACAAUCCCAGAAGAUAAUAGCUGAACCUCAUCAUAGAAGUCACAAAGGCUUAAUCAUUCAUGUAUUUCGGGGCAAUGAAUCCAAUGCUCUUCCUUUUGGGAAGAUGAACUUUGUUGAUUUGGCAGGUUAUGAGGAUGCCAAAAGGAAAAGCACUGGUAGUGUUAAUCUCUUGGAGAAUAAUAAAAUAAAUAAGUCCAUAUAUGCCUUACACAAUGUUGUAUAUGCUUUAAAUGCCAAUGAAAGCCAUGUACCUUAUCGCGAAAGUAAGCUAACUCGAAUUUUGCGUGAUUCGUUGGGAGGGACAAACAAGAUUUUGAUGAUCACUUGCUUGAAUUCAUCCUUUUGCCAAGAUUCCAUGUACAUGGCAAAUUUAGCUUCUCGUUCUUGUAAAGGCAGCUCUAAGACUAUACCCGAUUCGACAAAGAAAGCUAAAAGCAUGGUGAGACCUAUGGUGGUUUCUUCUUCAAGCAAGAGCCGUUUAACCGGGACUGUUUCUGCAACUACGUCAAAACCGAUUGGAAAUCGAGUGCGAGUUCCGGAAAAUAAAGCCAAUGUUAAGGCUUCAGCUCUAAAAGGAAGGAAACUUUUUGAUGAAGCAUGCCAUUCAACCAAACCUAAGAAGGUAUCUCAGGAGGAAAGCUUGCCAUUAGAAAAUGUCUCGACCAUUACUGAACAUGCUAUACAAAAAGAGGAAAAGGACUCUUCUAGUAUUUCAGAAGUAGUAGUAUCUCAUACACGGAAGCAUUUUCCCUUGCAAGCUUUUAGUGCAGAAGAAAGUGACAUGACAGUUAAGGCUACUACACAAGAAACCAAAAUACUAGACGAGGAGCAUUUUCCCUUGCAAGCUUUUAGUGCAGAAGAAAGUGACAUGACAGUUAAGGCUACUACACAAGAAAACACGACACUAGACAAGGAGCAUUUUCCCUUGCAAGCUUUUAGUGCAGAAGAAAGUGACAUGACAGUUAAGGCUACUACACAAGAAACCACGACACUAGACAAGGAGCAUUUUCCCUUGCAAGCUUUUAGUGCAGAAGAAAGUGACAUGACAGUUAAGGCUACUACACAAGAAACCACGACACUAGACAAGGUUAAUGUGACUGAUGAGGAUGAUAAUCAUGAUAAAGCCACUCCAAAUAUUGAUAGCAAUGCAAAGGCACUUUCGAUUGAAGCAGAUCAAACCAUAGAUAAGGAGAACAACCUUUUACUUGUCAACAAGGAAGCAUCACCACCGAUCAGUGCACGAUUGCAAGAAUUGUCUAAUAAUCUGAAAUUGCUUUAUUCUUCAACUCCGUCAUGUGUAGAAAUACCACCAAAGACUGAUGUUUCAUUUGAAGGUCAAGUUUCAACAGAAGCUUUGGAGCCAAAGACUCCAGAGCCAAGGUUACUAAUAAAUGACAAAUCGGAAAUUGUGGACACCAGUUGCAAUUCUUGGAAGACAUUUAGUGCUCGUAGUUCUCGAAUGAAGAGUUCUCUUGUUGAUGAAUAUCUCAGAUUCUUAAAUACAGCUAGCAAAGAAGACUUGAAAAGAUUAAAGGGAAUUGGAGAGAAGAGAGCUACAUACAUUCUUGAACUACGUGAAGAAUCACCUGAACCUUUUAAGGAUCUUGAUGAUUUGAAGGAAAUUGGACUCUCGGCAAAGCAGAUCAAAGGAAUUAUGAAAAAGGAAAUUGGAGAGCUUUACAAUUAACAUUUCAGGGAUGGAUUACUGAAUAAUCGGAUCCCCGAGGAGAAAGUGUGUUCGAUUCCAACAGGCAACUCGAAGUUGCCAAAUUGUAUUAUUUUGGUUUCCUUUUUUAUUUAAUAUCUGAUAUUUUCUAAUUUUUCUUUCGAUGUGCUUUUUCACUUGAAAAUGUUGUACACAAACUGUCUGGCAUGAUGUUCGUUUUCAUUAAAUUGUAUUUAAAA